GUGAGGACAGUGCGUACGGGAUGAAUGUGGCCAAUAUUCCAGUAGUAAUGAAUUAGUCAAUUAAGACAUACUCUGUUUUUGUGUUGUGUAGUACUGUUACAUAAUAACAUGUGUUGUUUAUUCGCUGGCGCAGCUGAGUCGGGUCCAUAUUAAGUUAUUAAUGCGAUGUUAAAGUGAUGGAUCCGUUCUAUUUUUACGAGGAUAGUAGGCUCAGGAGAGACUGUUUAAGAUAGAGAAUUUAAACUCAAGAUGAUAUAAGGUCUGAAACAUGGGCUCUGUGCCCUACGUAUUAUCCAGUUUAGAAGAUGUGUCAUCGCUGUACGCUCCUCUCAGAUCCACACAGAGAAUCAAGUACACCUGCUUCACUGUCUCAAAAAGUUUUCUAAUAUUUGGUGCCACAAGUGGAGGCCUCUAUGUGUUUCGCAGAGAAUCGUGUGUGUUUCUACAGUUGAUUCCUAACAAGGAGGGGCCUAUUCAGCAUGUGACAGUUUCUCCUGAUGAGCAGCUGUUUGCAUUUGCCACUGUUAAGGGAGCAGUGUGUAUGCUUGAGCGGAAUCAUGUAGCUGGAUCACGUCAUUUGCACAAGUCAUCUGAACAUGUUGGUACUGAAGUUACUGCCUUGUGUUGGGGUGCUCAAAAUGAGCUGUACAUUGGAGAUGCCUUGGGGCGAGUGUCAGUACUCAGUGCACCCGUGCUGGGGAAGAAUGUUUUUAGCACACCAUCAUUCCAGCUUAUGCAGCUUGAUUCACGUGUGGUACAAAUGGAUGGACAGGAUGGACUUCUGUUGGUGUCAACACUCACACGAUCAUUUAUCUGUGAUACAAUUAGAGAACAAUAUAGGCAGAUAGGGCAGAAGCUUCGGGAAGGGGAAUUUGGAGGCUGCUUUGCAAAGCAUGUUGAAGAUAGGCAACCACAUAUGUUUUGUGCUCGACCUGGAUCACGUAUUUGGGAAGCUGCAUCAGAUGGAACUGUUCUGAGCACACAUCAGUUCAAACUUGCUCUUGCUGUACCUCCAGAACCAGUUAUAAGUUAUUCUAGUCAGAAUUUGCCAGUCAGUUUAGAAGGUUCCAGUGUCUGUUGGAAUCAACAGUCAUUUAAUUUUGCUAAGCUGCUCACUUUAUCUGAUAGUUUUCUCUUUACUUUCAAAAGUGAUGGACUUUACAUUUUUGAUCCGUAUACAGCCAGGGUGAUUCUGUGGAAUAACAGCUUUACUGAUAUUGUGGAUGCUGGCACAGUAGACAAUAGCAUUUACGUUUGGACGGCCACAGGGAAAAUGCAUGUACUUACACUUCAUCCAUUGGAGAAAUUCUUGUUACUACUGUACUUUCGUAAACAGUAUACAUUAUGUGGCCUAAUGUGUAAACUUCAUGAGAAAUGGUUAUUGGAAGCAAUAAACACGUCUCCGAAACUGUGUGUGUUAGCAGAUCUUACAGAAAAGUUGGAAAUUGAUCAAGAUUUAGUCCUGUCACUAUCACCACUUCUCAAAGAAUUGUCAAAACAUGCUGAACAGAAACAGAUAGCUCAGCGUCUUGAUUCAGGAAUUUUCAUUGUCGGUAAUGAUUACUUUCUGUGCAAUGAGAAGAACACUGUUUCCGAAAUCCCUAAUGUAAGAAGAACAGAACAUCUCAAAGAUAAAUCAAGAUCACUAAGUCUCUCCCCUGAAAGAAACAGUGCACACAAAUUAGAAACAGUUAAUGAACUUGAGAACAGCAAAAGAUGUGUCAGUCACAGUUCUCUGCCAGAUGUGACAAAUAGUUUGAUUGAUCAGCAACGUCCUUUUGUUGAUAACAACAUGAAUAAAUGGAUAACAGAAGAAAGUUGUGGAAAUUAUGUGGACCCUGAUAGCAAAUGUAGUGAUGAUUUUCAAACAUCUGCUGUACCAUCCCAGGAAGCAGUUCAAGCACUGAGAGAUAUAGGACAAUCAGUUACAUGGACAAUUACCAACAGUACAAAGUCUCUGAAACAGAAGUGGCAGUUUCUGGAAGACAAGGUCAAGAAUUUUGCUCAAGAAAACUCUUCUCAGCCAUCUGAAGCUUUGUCUGAUUGUCAGUUAACUGAAGAUAAUUCUCUUGUUAACUCAGAAAGAGCAUACGAAAAACAAAGUGUCUUGGAGUAUCCAAAUUUGAAUGUGUCUGAUUUAAUUAACAUCUGUGAUGAAUAUCAUAGAAUGGAUAUUGCUGAUAAGGAAUCACUAAGAAUGAAUUUUUGUAGUAGUGUCAUAGCAAUUUCUUGUAAAUAUAACCAUUAUAUAAACAGAAGGAAUACUAAACUAGAUUGUAGCAAAGGUGACAGUUCACAUUUUAAAGAUGAAAGUGAACAUUUGGAUGAAAGUGUUGAUUCUUUGGUAGUGGGAACAGCCUUUCCAUUUCACCACUACUUUUCUCCAGAGAGACUUGAAACUAUGAAACUCUUAGUCCAUGAUGUUUUGAAGCAUAAAUCUCUAGUCAAACACUUAAAAGACUUCUUAUAUGAUAUAGAACUGCCAGAAAGCUCUCUAAAAGACUACUUUACUGUUAUUUCACAAGAUAGUUUAAAAUUAGAUGUUGCUAUUGGUAGAUUUUUGUCAUUGUGUUCAGAAAUAAUUGAGCCUGAGACCGUUCUUGAUGAUUUAAGGAAACUGGAAGUGCCUUGUUACUUUACCUCUCUUUCUGUGUUACUAAAUAUAGUCCAGACAGGUGCUUCAAAUUUUCUUGGUUCUAGAAGUAUAGAGAAGAGUGACAGUAGCAAUGGUUGGUCAGAAUUGCUGCUACUUAAUGCUCUGUUCAUUACAAUGCAAAUGGGUCAGACCGAAAUGUACAAUUCAGUUCGAAAGGAAAUGUAUGUAAAGGAUAUUUGUUAUUUAGCCAUAAAGUUGGAGCAAUAUAUGGUGAAACAUGGUGAAAGUGAACAAUCUGCAAAACGUCACUGCCAUUUUCUCUUCCUCUCUUGUGUUGUUAAAUUGCCUAACUUCAGAAACACUGUACUGGAUUCGGUACAUGACAGCUUCCUUGCAAAUUUCAUCACCGCAGCUUUAGAAUCAGUGAACCAGGAUUGUGGAAAGACAUGCAAGUGUGGAUAUCCUCUGGAAACACCAAGUAGUGAGAAAGUUAAAUUUAUUGAAAUAGGUACAAUUGUUUUAGAUUACUUUCAGAGGACUGAUCAUGAGCGAGCAUUACUUCUGUGCAAACAGAUUCCUCAUUUAUGGUUUAAUAUGUUACAUAAGAAGUGUGAUAGGUCAGAUACAGACUUAAAAUUGAUUGUGCAGUUGGGCAGUAUACAAGAUUUAGAAGAAUAUCUGUCUGAAGCAGAUGUAAGUUUCUGGAAUCAUGUUUUAUCUCUGGUGUUUACUUUUCGCUCUGGUAUUUGCCUGGGCUGUAGCUACUCGUUUACGGUAGAAAAGGAUUUCCAUGGUUCACUGUCUCUCUCUUUGUUGGGUGCUUUGAUUGUCAAAAGCCUGGGCCCUCAUGGAGCAACCUCUCUCUUCAAGAAGCAUAGUCCACAGAUUCAGCCUGGUGAACUUGAUGCAAAGUUUUUCCAGUCCUGCAUCUUUGCAGCCAUGGUAAAUGUAAAAAAGGAUGGACUACAAAGUACUGUUGUUGAUAGAGUACAAGGGCUGUCCGGACAUUCAUCUAAAGUCGCCACUUUCUCAUCAAAGGCAGCAGACAGGAUCAACAAAGCUCUUCAUGAAGAUGGAUUUGUUUUGAAACAGACAGGAUAUAAGAACAUCACAGAAAGAGCAAAUAAUCAUCACUGGGGAGCACGACUUGACUUCUCUCAUGAUACAUGUGCUCUAUGCUGCUUGCCCUUAGGAUCACAAGUUUUGCUGAGAGAAGGGCAGGGCCUUACUGCAUAUCCAUGUGGACACGUGUACCAUACAGUUUGCCUCCGGAAGAAGUAUGCUACCUGCCCUCUUUGUUGUUAAUCUAUGUUGAUUGCUAAUGAACAAAAUGUCAUAUUUCGAGGCUCUCUUUUUGAUACAUACUAAAAUUAAUAACACAAGUAAUUUCAUUAUUAUAGUUACUGUGCAACUUGUUACCUUCAUGUUUGCAUUCCUUACUGACAUAAGCUGAAAAUUAUUUUUUCACAAUAGCAGCAAAUGUCUGUCCCUUGUUAAACAGUCACCACCAUGAUGGUCAACUCAUAAACAUUUAGGUUUUUGUUGAUGUGUUAUCGUCUUGCUGACGUUCAGAAUUGUCACAAGACAAGAAAUAGUAAAUAUUUUUGGGUACAGUGCUUUCUACAAGUGUUGCAUGGCAUGACCUUCCACUCCAAAACAAUACAUAUAUACUACAUUUCAAGUAAAUGACAGUUUCUAGAAAUCACUUCUCAUCUGCUGGGGUAAAGUGUCCUGCUGUGAAAUUGGUCGCAGUAAUUGUUUUAUUGAUGGGUGAGGAUCUCAUUGCUGGCUUUUGCCACUCCUACAUCUUGUGGGCAAUCGUGUUACUCAUAAUCUGUGUUGAGACUAUAAUAGAAUUUACAGAACAAUGCAUGUGGACUUUUCCAUUUUAGGGCCAUAAUAUUGUUGACGCAAAGCAAAUAAAAAAUGGCUACUGUGGAAUAAUGAUAGGUGACUGAAAGGUGCUAACAUUAAUGGUCAGAAAAGUAACUGAUUCUGGAAAACUGCCAGUCAGGAAGCAAUGCUUUCAUGGUUAACACUAUCAUUUGGCCAUUUAUUUCUCUCAGGAUUGUUCUGUUGUAAUCAGAUUAAAAACCUUCAAUUUAGUGAGAGAUAUCAAGUACAAUAGGCACUUAAAUUUUUAUUUUGAUGAUGCCAGAUGAAGAGCACAGGAAAAGAAUGUGGUUUCUCCAUAUUAUCAAACUGUUCAGGAGAGAAAUUUUAAAGUUUGAAACUGAAUUUCAUGGAUAUAAUGAACAAAAUUAAUCAAUACAAAAGUCAUUUGGAAGGACACGUUAUAUGCAUUAAAUUAAAUAUAAGCUGAUUCCUUAGAUAUUAAAAUUGUAAUUUUAUUGGCAUAAUGUUUAAAGUGAUCUCAUGUGUAACAAAGGAAAAACGUGCUACUUGUAUACAGCAGAAUAGAAUAUAAUCAAGUAAACCUAUAUUUUUUGUUAGAAAUUGUGUUUGAUUAUUUUGUAAUGAAAAACAAUGUUUGAAACAAUGAAGAUACUAAAAUGAAACUUCCUGGCUGAUUAAAACAUUUUAGAGCACUUGCCCGUGAAAGGCAAAGGUCCUGAGUUAGUCUCAGUCUGGAACACAGUUUUAAUCUCCCAGGAAGUUUCAGACCACCAUGCCCUCUGCUCCAGAGUGAAAAUUUCAUUCUGGAAUAAAGACACUUCUUGGUAAGCAAUUUCUCUUCGCUAUUUUAACUUCGUGUGGCAAAGUGGUAAUUAGAGUAAAAUAUAAUAUCACUUUGUCCCAACAUACACUUCUCAGCCUAGUGUAAAAUGUUUAUGUAAAACACUCUUGGUUCUCUUCUGCAAUACUCCUUCAAAACCUGGAGGUCUGUGAUACUUUUCUUUUAAUGUUGCCGGAGGACCUAUAGGUACAUAUUAUUAUUGUUGUUGGCAUUAUACAAAAUUAUACUGAAAUAAAUUUUUAUAUUUUUACAUUUUACCCCUGUAAGCAGGAGAUGGGUAUUCAAGCGAUUGCUACUUUUGAAGUCACUGUGAAUCUCUCACCACCUAUAAAAUCUAAGCUUCAUUAUCAGUUUCUUUAUGUUGAAUGACGCACAGAUGUUUCUUACUAUGACUAACACUCUAAUGAGUCUUGUUAGGAAAGGACAUUUCCUCAAAUAUUUAUUCUUCUGAAAUGACCCACAAUUUUGUAUCAUAUCUUAAUUGACCAGCACAACAUUAAAAGGCUUAGUUUUACAUCAAGCUUUAACCAUUAUCUGCACACUAUCCACUGUAACUCCUGCUAAUGCUUGUCUCGUCAAUCAGUCCCAUAUUCUUAUCACACUCCAAAAAUAGUGUCUUGUAGUAGGGGAAGCUACUUCCAUUGUUUCCAAAAGUUUCAGUUCACUCACACAAUAAUUAAGAUACUUUGGUACAAUGUAAUUGUUUUUCUGGGAUGAAGAUGAAUCACAAAAACUUCAAGACAUUUGACUUUCUUGUCCAAUAAUUUUGUCACAAAGUGACUUAGAUAGGAAACAACUUCAUUGGCCCCUUUCCUUUCAAUAUCUUCAAUCUAAUUGUAGAAAACUGAAGUUGCACUUGAAAGCUGAGAACAUUGAAAGAGUAAACAGACAACUGCCUUGUGUAAUAAACAUCCUUAGUACUUAUGUUUGGUAAGCGUACAUUCUUUUAUUUGUCCAUGCAGGUUGCUUCUGUUUCAUUAGACUUUUGGCUUCUUAAAUGAAUGUCUCUUUCUGGAAUAAAAUGUUUCACCUUUGAAUUUGUGUACUUUCCGAUCAAUACCCAACUUCUUCCUCAAUUUUCUACAGCCUAUUGCCAUGCUUAUUCCUUCCAGCAUGAGCAGUCUUGCCCAGCUUCAAAAAAUUACGACCCGUUAUUAAUCAUUGCCUUGGUACUCCAUGUACUUCCUCAUAAAGGCUUUUCUGCAUAUAGGAAUUUCAUGUACAAUGUCAUCACCUUUCACUCGUAGUGUGUAGUAUGCUCAAAGCUGAGCUUCAUCUUCAUUCUCCCUUAAUAGCACUCUGAAGUGAAAGUAUUGUAAUGUGACCUAUCAGAUACAACGAGUGUUCAUUCCAGUGUCCCAUAUCACUAAAUUUUUAUAUAAUAUUUUAUCUUUCUCCAGCCCUUACUAUCACAAAACACUUAAACAUACCGUUACAGCCUCUUCCUAGUUCGUGUGGCUCAACUCUUAAUUUCUUCAUGACUGUACUCAUUUGCUCUCAUCCAUGGGUUUUCCUAACACUGUGGGAGUCUAAAGGACUCUUGUCUUUCAUCCUCAGAUGAAGUACACAUCAUUCAAUAUAAAUAAUUAACUAUUCACACUGAAAUGAAUCACUUACUGCACCUGCAUUACUGAACAGAAUGUCUCAGACUAAAGCAAUGGUUUUCAGUAGCGUUCUUUCCCUGCAUCCGUAGAGUAGAGUUAUAGAAUGUGGACUGUUCAUAUUAUCACACUGGUUGAUUACAAAUAUUAAACAACAUGGAAGCCUACAUCUGAUGGUAUACAUAACUUACUUUGGGAAAAAAGUGGACAAAGCACGUUCUUUCCCUGUACUUUCAAAUGGAAAAAAAGGGUAAACAAUGGAAAACCCAGGACGUAGUAACAGUAUUAUGAAAAGGAUAGGUUACUACUCACCAUAUAGAGAUGUUGAGCUGUAGGCAGACACAACAAAAAGACACUUUACGUUUGACCUUUUGGCCAGAAGGCUGUGUUCUGAUUUAGAAAACCCAAACUCAUUCACCCAAGUACAACAACUGUCUCUGACCACUGAAGCCAGACUCACUGGCCACACAUGGUGUUUAUUUAUGGGUGUUUGUUUUCUACAUUAGAAGAACCAUUUUUGCAUAAAGCUCACAUGUAUAGCAGUAUUCUUUUGUCUGUCUGUGCACUGAACAUUUUCUCUAUAUGGAGAAAAAGAUUACUAGUUUUUGCUAUGCAUAUUAUUUGUGAAAUGUCUGAGAAAUUUGAUACCCCCCCCCCCCCCUCACCAC